AUGCCAUGUGCAUUGCAUCGUUCACGUGCAUUGGAAGUUAUAUCGUUGACCUAUGGUCAUGACCAUACCGCUGCAGUGUUUGGCAGCAAUGGAGCCCAAGUCAGCCGUCCUUGCCAUCGCGAUGCUGUGCCUGGCGCUGCCUCGGGCCGCACUGUCCCAGCGCCGCACCACGUCAACCUCACCGAGCUGCUCGCCCUCGCGGGGCCAUACGGGACGUUCCUGGACUACCUCACCCGGACCGACGUGAUCCGGACGUCCCAGAGCCAGGCCAACGCCACCACCGACCACGACCAGCAGGGCGGCGUCACCGUGUUCGCUCCGCAGGACUCGGCGUUCGCGGCCGUGGACGGGGCCGCCCUGUCCAACCUCACCGCGGACCAGCUCCGGACGCUCAUGCUGUGCCACGGCGUGCCCCGGUACCUCCCGCUCUCCUCCUUCGCGGCGCUGGCGGCGUCGGGACCCGUACCCACGUUCGCGCCGGGGUGCGCGCUGAACGUCACCGACGCCGCCGGGAGGAUCCGCGGCGCGUCGGGCGUCGGGAGGAUCCGCGGCGCGCCGGGGUACCCACUUGGCCUUCUUCAUGUCUUUCGGACGUGUCGAUUCGUUUGUACCGUGACAGAGGCCAGAGCUGCAUUUCUCAGCUCUCAAGGGGGCACUUUGGAUCGUCUGCCAGUUGACACAGUCCUGCGUCCUCUGAGCCACUGGAAAAAUAGGAAACGAGAGCUCACAGCUCGCACAAAGAUCGCAUCUCAGCGUCUCUCCCCCGCCCUCCUGUGUCUGUGUGCAGUCGCAAAUAGCCGGCAGUUCAUCGUGAACUCGCCUCCUCCGGUCUUGCCUACGCACUGCAAUCUUCUUCCACGCUUGCAUUGCAACAUGAAGUGCGCCGUCGCGUUGCUCGCGGCCGUGAUGUCCGUGUCUGCGCUGCACGCCGGCGCGCAUCGGACGCUCGUCAAGCCGUCGCGCGCAACGACGCUGCAGAUGACCGACACAUUGCCAUUGCCGCCUACGCCACAGGCCAAGCGCACCGCCAACCUCACCGCGAUCCUGACCCUGGACGGGCCCUUCCGCACCUUCCUCGGCUACCUGCAGCAGACCAACCUCGUGGAAGUGUUCCAGAGCCAGGCGUACCUGACGGACCAGGGCAUCACCAUCUUCGUCCCCGUCGACAGGGCCUUCGCCGCCGUCAAGCCGCCGAGGCUGUCGGAUCUCUCCGUGCAGCAGCUCAAGAACCUGAUGAUGUACCACUCGCUGCCCAAGCACUACGAGCUCGCGGACUUCGAGCGGCUGAGCCAGACCAGGCCGGUGACGACGCUCGCCGGCGGGCUGUACACGGUGAACGUGACGUACGACGCUGGCACCGUCCACGUGCACUCCACGUGGGCCGACGCCAAGAUCGUCAGCAGCGUGUCCGUGGACGCGCCUAUGGCGAUAUACGAGCUCGACCGGGUGCUGCUCCCGGACACGCUCUUCCACGCCCAGCCGCCAGUCGCGGACGUGCCGGCCGCGCCAGCUCCGAGCAAAGAGGACUCCGGUGAGCCCUUGACGGAGCCGGAGCCGGUUGUAGCGGCGCAGUACGGCUCACCGGGAGUGGCGGACGCCCCAGUCUCGGCGUGCGGAGACGACGACGGUCGGUUCGCGUGCUAUGCGGCCGCCGCGGCUGUCGGCGCAGUAAUGGCGCUGGUCGCAUUGUGA